GCAGUGCUGUCACUCACAGUGACCAGUGUAUCGACGAAGACCACUCAGCGGCCAAAGUACCAAUACACCAAGAAGCCCAUGCCUUACCGCGAGCAGCCCCAGAUUACCAUGCAACCCCUAACCCCCAUCAUCCCUAAGACACUGAAAUCAGUGGAGAAAUCAGAUCCCAUGGACCCCUACCCUCUGGCUACCACAGAGACCACAACCUACCCCAGCGAUGCCUACCAGGAUUACUAUACUGAAACCACAGGGCCCCCUGGUGUUGGGCAUGAUAAUUACACCAUGGAUUAUAAUGAGUGCUACUUCAAUUUUUGUGAGUGCUGUCCACCAGAGAGGGGCCCUCGAGGGCCAAAAGGGGACAGAGGACUACCAGGUUCACCUGGAGAAGAGGGGGAGCGAGGACCCAGAGGCUUUUCUGGACUGGCUGGUUCAAAUGGAACUAUGGGGCCAAAAGGAGACAGAGGAGUUAAAGGUGACCUAGGAUACCGUGGAAUGGCAGGAACUCCAGGUAACCCAGGGAAACCAGGAGAGAGAGGUGGAUUUGGCUUCAAAGGUGAAAAAGGUGACAGCGGGCCCCCUGGUGUCAAAGGUAACCAGGGGGAGAAGGGUGAAAGCCAAAAUGGGACUAAGGGUGAGAGAGGGGAACCUGGAAUGGAAGGCCCAACAGGGCCCCCAGGGCUGGCUGGAGUGCAAGACCAGAAGGGGGACAAGGGGGACAAAGGAGAGUGUGGGACAUUUGGAGAGAGAGGACUGAAGGGCGAUAGAGGGGACCCUGGGCCUCCAGGUAUUCAGGGACAGGUGGGUCUUCCUGGGGUGGAUGGCAUGCAGGGCUCCCCUGGUGUGGCGGGCAACCAGGGGGAUCUAGGACCCCCAGGGGCUCAGGGUGAGCCAGGGGUGCGAGGGCUGCCUGGACCCCAGGGAGGGAGGGGGAUGUUUGGGCCAAAGGGUGACAGAGGCCCCCCCGGGAUGAGAGGGGACAGGGGCCCUCGGGGGAUCAGAGGGGCGAAGGGUAACGGGGUGAUUCAGAAACGCUCAGCUUUCAGUGUGGGCCUCACUCCCAGCAAGUCCUUCCCUCCAUCGGGCUUCCCCGUCCGCUUCGACAAGGUCUUCUAUAACGGAGAGAACCACUACAACUCCUCCUCCAACAGCUUCACCUGUGCCCACAGGGGGGUCUACGUGUUCUCCUACCACAUAACCGUGCGGAACAAGCCCCUGCGCGCCGCCCUGGUAGUCAAUGGGGUGAGGAAGGUGCGGACGCGGGACUCUCUCUAUGGCCAGGACAUCGACCAAGCGUCCAGCCUGGUGCUGUUGCAGCUGGCGGUGGGGGACCAGGUAUGGCUGGAGACACUGAGGGACUGGAACGGUGUCUAUGCCAGUAGUGAGGACGACAGCACCUUCUCUGGCUUUCUGCUCUACGCUGACAAGCCCUGACAAAUUAUCUGAUAUCUAAUACAAUCUACACUGUAACUCUACUGUACCUCCACAGUACCUAAACAAUCUCUACUGGCAGUCCUCCAUACCACCCAUACAGUACCCCACAGACCAGCCCCUCUGUACUCCUGCUCUACACAGACAAGUUAUGACAAUGGAGCCCACUAUACCACCACAGUACCA